UUUCCAGCUUUAAAGUGAUAUGCCAAUCUUUCUCACCUUAAGAAUUACUUCAAUUGUCUCCAAAUGAUAAAGAACGAAAUAUACUGUAUCUUGUCCGCUUAUACUGCAAGCUAGACUAUUUGAUUAUUCGUGAAAUUUACGGGCAAUAUGGAACCCUAUAAGCAGUAUCUAGCCCAGAAGCUCCUCACCGAGGAUCAAGUCGUGACUUAUCGCCUUCUGAGCCGGGCAUUGAAGGUUCAUGUCAAUACUGCUAAAGAGAUGCUCUAUGAUUUUCAUAAAUGGCAGAACGAUAAACGUCCUGGAUCUCUUCAUGCCACAUACCUCGUAUAUGGUACUAAGAAGGCGACGGUAAAAGUAGAAGAAUCGGACGGCGAUGUGAAGAUGACCGAUUCUCAAGAUGCGGAAGAGAUGCAUGUUCCCCUCUCAGAUGAAGUCCCUACUUAUACGCUCUCUAUAGUUAAAGAGGAACAACUGCAAGAUCUACUGGCAGAGUAUGAUGAGGUUACCUCGAUACACAUCUACAGCUUGGCGCCUCAUCCCCUAAAAGAUCUUCAGCUCUUGGCCGAUACUGCUCGACAAGUACUAGAGCUGUCUACAGCGGGCGAUGUUCCAGCUUCGAGCAAAGUCUUCGGUUCAAUUGCCAAUCCUAAUGUGCGUAGGAGGGAACGUCGUGGGCCAGCACCUAAGCCUAUUACGAGUACACCCACCCUUAAAGCUGCACCAAAGGCCGAAAGCAACCAGGAGACAGAGCCUACCGAUAUUAAGGAGGAGCCUAAGGUAGCACCUCAAGCCAAUGUUAAAGGAUCAACUUCGGCUACUACUGCUACUAAGAAGUCUGCUGCUGCUGCUUCACUGAAGCGACAGAGUUCUUCUGGAAUUGGGCAAAUGUUUGCCAAAGCAGCUGCCAAGCCGAAGAAACCUGCCGCUAAGGCUGCAGCGAGCGCCGCCGAGGAGGACCAAAAGAUGGCCUUGUCUGAUGAUGGAGAGGACGACGUCGUGCCGAUGCCGGAGGUCAAGCAAGAGUCAGAGAGUGCUAGACAAUUGAGGAAGAAUCGCCAAGCCGAACUUCGUCGUAUGAUGGAUGAGAGUGAAGAAGAGGAAGAAGAGAAAGCAGAGAGUCCUGCUGAGGAACCCAUGGAGGAGGACGAGGAGGAGCCUUCACCCGAACCGGAACCUAAGGCAGAAGAGCCCGCGGAAGUAGUAUCGAGCACAGGCGAUGGUAAACGUAGGGGAAGACGACGAGUCACGCGCAAGAAGCAGGUCAUGGAUGAUAAGGGAUAUUUGGUUACGAUACAGGAACAGGGUUGGGAAUCAUUUUCCGAGGAUGAAGCUCCGCCGCCGCCCAAACAAAAGCCUCAGCCAGUCAAGGCAGAACCCGCUGCGAAGCCCAAGAAGGCGGCAGGCAAGGGCCAGGGACAGGGCAACAUCAUGUCCUUCUUUUCGAAGAAGUGAGGUCGUUACUAUAUACUUGGAGGUUCGUGGGUUAAAGCCGGUCGUGGGAAAUAUUAACUGAAUAGUCCACGAGAUUCUCAAAUUACAAGAAGGGUCUAUUGGUCCUGGGAUAUUCGUAAUGAAGCAGGAGGUUUGUCAUCGUCAACAAAAUUUAUGGCAUACUACUAUAUUCAGAAAUGAUAUUUCUCCUCGGUCCAUAAGUUAUCCUACCAUUUUAAAUUAAUGCCUACCCCCGAUGUAUAUACUUAGUAGGAAUGAUCUUGGCAAGAUCUGUCAUUUAAUUAUACGUAUGAGACCCUACUGUGCCAGCCUUCAUGAUCGAUACUCUUCUCUUUUGGUGAUGUUCUUAUUUAACUAUGUUAUUGGUAUAAACUGCUACGAUUAAGAACGAAUAUAACUAUCAACGUCUUUCUCUCCUUUAACAAUCUAGAUACAAUAUUUAGAGGGGAAGCAAUUAAGCCAGUGCAAAUAUUUUAGCCCA